AUGAACAACGUCCCCACGGGUGGGGGCUUCCGCGGGAGUUCCCUGCACGCGCGCGCGAGGGCGCUGUGCACCCCGGACGUCGCGGCGACGCGCGCGAGGGAGGCGCUGCGGCGCCUGCGACCGCGACGGAUCGUCGCGACCGAUCGCGUCGCGUCCGCGUCCGGUCGUCGUCGUCGCGGCGAGAUCCUGCGCCGUCCCGAGCUCGCCCCCGCGGCGGGGGGCGCAUCGCGCGACCUCGCGCGCGGACGCGGCGCGCGAUGGGACGACUCCGACGCCCGACGCGACCGCGCGCGCGCGCGCGUCGACCACGGCGAGGACUACGGCCCGGGCGCGGACGGACGCCUGAUCCCCGCGCUGCUCCGAGAUUUUCGCCCGCGCGCGACCCCGCGCUCGGUGCUGAGAGAUCCCCCCCAGCGCCGCGGCGACGCGCGCGGCGACGGCGACGGCGACGGCGACGACAAGGCCAAGGCCAAGGCCAAGGUGGCGGUCGCGUUCGUCACGUCCGGACGCGCGACCACGCGCGAAGGGCUGUUCGGGUCGUACGCGACGGACGCGGCGUUCGCCGCGGCGGCGGCGGCGAACGCGAGGACGCGACGCGCGAGGACCGCGCCCGCCGCCGCUCCGGCUCCGCGCGAUACUCCGACCGGUGGCGAGGGCGAGGCGGCUAAAUCCGCGCGGAGCGAAGAGCGGCGGCGACGGCACCGCCUGUCGCGGUUCCGAAGGCAUUACCUCCCCGCGGACGCGCCCGGGGCGCCGCGCGCGGACCCCGCCGCGGCGACGGCGUCUUCGAAACCGAGACCGUCGCCGCCGUCGCCGCCGCCGUCGCCGUCGCCGUCGCCGCCGCCGAAGAAACAUCGGCGGAAGACCUGGGACGUAGACAUGCGACCAGCGCGACGGCAAGGGAUCAUCCCGCGCGGGACGGCGCCGCCGGGGACGACGCAGCUCGCGUGCGCCGCCGCCGCCGACGCCGCCGCCGUCGUCGCGAAUCGACCGGCGGAGGAUAGAGAGCGGUACCAGCGAAGGAUCGUGACGACGUGCGCGCGCGAGCACGUGGACGGGAUCGUGCGGCGCGCGAGGGAGGGAUCGCGAUGCGCGCGUCUGGGCGCGCGCGGGGCGUAG